ACGAAAUCUGCUCAACAGAUAAUGUGGCGCAAAAUUCAGCACUUUCGGAAAUGGGUAACUAUGUUAAUUUUCGGGCCAGUCCAGUAGACAAGGAGACAGAUAAACACCUAACGCCUAUAAAAAUACCUAAACACUCAAAAGUUCUAGACCUUGACCCACGUUCACCCAGUGAUGGGAUAGUAAGAACCCCGAUCCAAAUAGACAAAGAUGACCCAUGUUCACCAUCUUGUGUUAUUCGCACUCCGGUCAGAUUUUCUAACGAACUUAGUCCUGGGAUGCCUUACUUUAAUAACUAUGAAACUCCUGAUGGUGUUUUAACAGAAGACGAUUCAAUACAUCGAGGUAACAAGUCAUCCUCACUAUCGGAUACUGAGGUUGCACACAACACGAAAGCUAAGACUCACACAUGUGAUUCGAAUAAUAGAUUCAGACUGUCUUGGUUUGAAAAACGCAUAAAGCGUAAAUCUUUAUAUGAUUCGCCUGGUCUGUUUGUCAGAUUUCGACACAAGCAGAACUAUGAAAAGUGUAAGAAAAAGAAGCAACAGGUUUGUGAGGAAAACGUGAACAAUCCAACCGAUAUCUCACAACUGAGAUCAUGAAAAGUCAUGUAAAUUAAACAAAAGCCUGAUUUACUAUACUGUUAUUCAGAACCCUGUCUUUCUCGGGAUUUUUUUCCAGUUUUGUACAUAAAUAUGCAUUUUCUCUUACUCAUCACUUUUUGUGAAAAAAAUCCUCAUCGAUAUCCUUUAAUCUUAUUAUUGUUUAUAAACUAAACCAUUGUAAUACUUUAUUUCACUCCUCUUUUGUAAUUAUUAGAAUGGGGAUUUAUGAAGAUUAUAAUAAUUUUAACAGUUAACUAAUAAUUCACUGCCCCAUGGUUUAUCGUAAGCGUAAAAUUGAUCGUUUUCGAUUCGCGUUAUAUGCCCAUCCUGAUUUGAAAG